AUCAGUGACGCCAUGACAGAAUUUCAGGAAAAGAUAUCACACAAAGACGCACGCAGCUUUGUAGAGUCUGUUACUCAUUCCGCUGCCUGUUAAGGAUCACGAGUGAUACAACGAUCUUAAACGUUACAGAAUGGAGAGAUACAGAAAAUCAGAGUUAUGGAGGUAUGUAUGGAUACUUAUGUUCUCCGUUGUUCUGGACACAGUGCUCGCUGUAACGCAUUAUUCCAUCCCAGAGGAAAUGGAGGAAGGAUCUAUUGUCGCAAAUUUAGCGUCAGAUUUGGGAUUGGACGUAAAAACACUGAGUAAACGAAAAAUGAGGCUCGAUAUCAUAUCUAACAAAAAAUAUCUCGAUGUCAACAAAGAGACGGGUGAGCUCUACAUAUUAGAAAAGAUGGAUAGAGAAAAUCUCUGUACAAGUAAAACAGCCACAACAUGUUUUAUCAAAAUGGAGGUGAUACUCGAGAGUCCUGUUCGAAUAUUUAACAUUGAAAUUGAAAUUGUGGAUAUAAAUGAUAAUGCACCGCAGUUUCGGAGGGAGAAAAUUAAUCUGGAUAUAUCAGAAUCCACUGCCGCAGGAGAGAGAUUCUCGCUCAGUAAUGCGGUAGACCCUGAUAUUGGCUCGAAUUCUAUUAAAACUUAUUACUUGAGUGAGAGUGAACAUUUUGACAUUGAAAUACAAACAGGGAGAGACGGUUCAAAAUUUGCUGAUUUGAUAUUAAAAAAGCCACUAGACAGAGAAGAGCAAGAUUCACAUAAUCUGAUUCUCACUGCUGUGGAUGGAGGAGUCCCCGCGCGCUCCGGAACAGCUAGCAUUAUUGUGCGCGUACUGGACACGAAUGACAACGCCCCUCAAUUCGAUAAAGACAGUUAUACUAUAAAUCUCACAGAAAACUCGCUGCUUGGAAGCCUCGUGGUAAAAUUAAAUGCAACAGAUAAAGACGAAGGCUCAAAUUCAGAUAUAAUUUACUCUUACAGUCUCUACACAUCUGAGAAAACACAGCAGACAUUCAGUCUGAAUCCUGACAAUGGAGAAAUCAGAGUGAAAGAAAUUAUAAAUUACGAGGAUUUCAGGAUAUACGACAUGGAAAUUAUAGCAACAGAUAAAGGGGUCAAUAGUCUCUCUGGAAAGUGCAAGGUAAAGAUUUUAGUCACAGAUAUGAAUGACAAUCAUCCUGAAAUUUCUAUAAAAUCAUUGUCUAGUCCAGUAAAGGAGGAUAUACCUGUGAAUACAGUAAUUGCAGUUGUUAGUGUGAGUGAUAAAGAUUCAGAUGAAAAUGGAGAGGUAGAUAUUCAUAUUUCUGAUAAUUUACCGUUUGCUCUUAAAGAAUCAUCUGAUAAUUAUUAUGAGUUAAUAGUUUCAGAACCGUUAGACCGAGAAAAAAACUCAGAAUAUGACAUCACUAUUACUGUGACUGACAGGGGCAACCCACCGUUAUCUGCUAAUGAAACUAUAACUUUAGAGCUACUGGAUGUUAACGACAAUGUUCCUCAGUUCCCCCAGUCGUUCUACACGAUACCGGUUAUUGAAAAUAACGCACCUGGAGCUUUACUGAGCUCUUUAACUGCCUUAGACCCAGAUCUCCAUGAAAAUCAAUAUCUAGUUUAUUUUAUAAUAGAAAAGGAAAUUGUCAACACCUCCAUGUCCAUGCUGUUCUCCAUCAAUCCAGAGAACGGUAAUCUUUACGCGCUAAAGACGUUUGAUUAUGAGAUAGAGAAGGAGUUUCUAUUCCACAUCGAGGCCCGAGAUUCCGGUGUCCCUCCUCUCAGCAGUAAUGUGACCGUUCACAUUAUUAUCAUGGAUCAGAACGACAACACGCCUGUCAUAGUGUCUCCAUGGCGCGCGCACGGUUCUGUGGUUGAAGAAAAGAUCCCGAGGUCCACCGAUAAAGGAACUCUGAUAUCCAAAGUCAUUGCGAUAGACUCUGAUUCAGUGCACAACUCACGAAUCACGUACCAGUUUCUCCAGAACACUGACGCUACGUUAUUCAGCUUGGAUCAGUACAACGGAGAGAUUCGCACCACGAGAAUGUUCAGCUACAGAGACUCUCGUCACCAGCGGCUGGUGGUGAUUGCCAAGGACAACGGAGAGCCCGCGCUCUCUGCUACAGUUACCAUCAAACUGUCUACGGUGGAGAUUGCCCUUAAAACCUAUGCUGACAUGACUGAGGUGCCUUUGGAAUAUGACAUCUUCUCAGAUUUAAACCUGUAUCUGGUGAUCGGACUGGGCUCGGUAUCAUUCCUGUUACUCAUCACCAUAUUGGUCACCAUCGUUCUCAAGUGUCAGAAACCGAAGCCCAGUAAAGCGGCUCCUUCCUGCAGGAACAGUGUUAUCAGUGAGAGGAACUCGACCAUCGCAGACUCCACUCUGGUCUCCAAUGAUGCCUACUGGUACAGUUUAUUUCUAGCGGAGACGAGGAAAGGAAAACUGGUGGUCAGACAGCCUGUGCCAAAGGGCGCGAGAUACAUCGUUUCCAGUAUACCGAGGAGCACCGGAAUGACUGAGACCAGCGACUCUGCUGCAUCUACUCUACAGGUAUAAAAACCCACGCCAAUA